AAAACGUCAACUGUCAUUACUGUCAAAGUUACUAAUAUAACCUCAAUUUGUUUUUUGUUUACUUUUUGCCAUUUAUUGUAUUUGCUGACGUACACUCGUUUCAAUAUUGUAGGUCAAUGGAGAUAGUACAGUGCACGAUAGAAUAGGAAAAUAACUAAACUAAUUAUUUAUUUAUUCCUUAGUUUAAUAUAAAAAAAAUGAAUGAACUACAGUUUCUUGGAAGUGACCCCGGAGCAGUAAAACAUGGUAACUUCAUAAAUUACUACUCAUUUCACAGCCCAGCACAGAGGAUAACAAACUUACAUGACAAUAUGUUUCCUGCCACAACUACCAAAGAACCAAUACUAUGCCUGGAUAUUGGUUGUAACACCGGAGAACUAACAAAGGAAUUGCAAGCUUAUAUCAAAAAAGUCUACACAGAAUCAGAUAUUUACUUUUUAGCUGUAGAUAUUGACCAAACCUUAAUUCAAAGAGCUAAGGAAACAAACCCUUGCCCUAUCACUACAUAUUUAANAUAUGAAACCUUAAAUGUUAUGGAUGAAGCAGACCGUCAAGUAGUAAAGAAGUACCUAGAAGAUCAUGGGAAGCAAACAUUUGACAUAACAUUUUGCUUUUCUGUAACAAUGUGGAUUCAUCUAAACAAUGGUGAUGAAGGGCUAGAACAGUUUCUACAAUAUAUCAAAAGCAUUUCAACAACAAUAAUAAUUGAGCCACAACCAUGGAACUGCUAUAGAAAUGCUCAGAAAAGAAUCAAGAAGUCUGGAAGCACAUUUCCACUGUAUGAAACUUUAAAAAUAAGAAGCAAUGUUGAUUUAGAAAUUGAAAAUGUUAUGAUACAAAAUGGGCAUAAAAAAGUAUAUGAAUCUGGUAGCUCUUCUUGGAACAGAAAAAUACAAAGUUAUACAAAAUAAUUUAUUUUAUUACUAUGUUCUC